AAUUCUUCACUCAUUCAGACGGAGCAGCAGCAGAGACGGAGACGGAAACUUAACACAUAACUGGUUCAAUAUAUACUUCACUCACUUCAGUCACAAGGAUGCUUUGUGCACAUAUUCUCCUGUUGCUGGCUGUGAGCAGCUCCUGCCUUGGAUCCCUGCAGGAUAAACAGACAGAUUUUGGUCUGAAAGUCUUUUCUCAGUUGACAGAGGACUCUGUGAACCAGAACGUGGCCUUCUCCCCAUACGGUGUGGCCUCUGUCCUGGCCAUGGCUCAGCUGGGUGCUGCAGGGAACACCCACAAAGCUUUAACCACCACCAUGGGUUUUUCUCUGCGACAGCGGGGCCUGUCUCGACAGCAGCGUCUCCUGCAGCGGGACAUUUCCACUGAGGAGGGAGUGGAAGUGGCCAGUGGGGUGAUGGUGGAGAGGAAGAUGAGCCUGGAGAAGGGGUACCGCAGGGCUUUAGCCAAGGCCUUCCAGACCCACCCCCACCAGGUGGACUUCACCAAGCCAGAUCAGGUUGUCGGCAUUAUCAACGCAUGGGUGUCAGACCACACUGCAGGUUCUAUCCCAGAGUUCUUACGCUCUGGAUCGUUGACAGAUGAGACCCGCCUGGUUCUCCUUAAUGCACUACACUUCCAGGGCAGGUGGAAGGUUCCUUUUGAUCCCAAAUUUACCCACGAAAGGAUGUUCCACUGCGCUAACGGCAGCAUGGUGCCAGUGCACAUGAUGAGACUCACCAGUCGUUUCAACUAUGGUGAGUUUGUGACUGCUGGUGGGGUGGACUACGAUGUCAUUGAGGUCCCAUAUGAUGGUGACUCGCUCAGCAUGUUUCUGGUCUCACCCUUCGAGCCUGAAGUGCCACUGAGCGUGCUCAGUACAGAUCUGAGCAGCCAGACAUUGAAGCAGUGGAGGACGGAACUGAGGAAUGCCAAGAGACAGCUGGCAAUGCCCAGGUUUACUCUGACCUCUGAGGUGAAUAUGAAGGCAGCGCUCAUGAACAUGGGUCUGGGAGACAUGUUCAACCUGGCUACUGCGGACUUCACAGGCAUCACCACUGAUGAGAGGCUUUGUGUGUCUCAAAUCCUGCAAAAGGUGAAGAUUGAAGUGAAUGAGCGAGGAACCAAGGCAGCAGCAGCCACAGCUGCUGUGAUGUUUUCUCGAAUGGCAGUGGAAGAGAUCACUCUGGAUCGGCCCUUCCUCUUCCUCAUCCAGCACAAACACACAGGUGCCGUUCUGUUCAUGGGUCAGUUCAAUCAACCUCAAUAACAAUAACACAAUCUGAAGACCUGUCUUCGCCCAAGUGUCUGCUUACAUUCCGCAGCGGCCAUAUAAGAGUAACAUCACUGUUUACAACUUCACAGACUCAUUCACUCAGAGGUUUAUUUAUAAUGCGCUGAAAAUAGGACAAGAGAGACUUUGUAUACAUAAGUGACUGAGAAAAGGUCUAAAAAGAGAUACUGUAUAUGUAUGUGUAGGAUGUUUAUUUGUGCCUCAGAAUGUUUGUGCUUUUCAAGUCGGAAAGAAAUACAGUGACACAGAUGCACUUCAUAGAGAUGUAUUUGCAGAAACAGGCUGUACAAAAUGAUUUUUUAUAUAUUUUUACAUUGUUGAUUGCAACAUCUAUUUUUGUUAUUAUAUUAUUAAGUUACAUUUGUAUUUUUGAAGUAAUUAUAUUUAUUAAAAUGUUGUGUUUCUAAAAAGAUGCCGUUUUUGUUGUG